UGGUGAAGUCAAAAAAAAAGAAAAAGCACCGACUGUCGGAUUCUUUCAGCUGUUCCGCUUCUCCACAUGGAGGGAAGUCUUGAUGAUGGUUGUGGGCAGCUUUUGCUCUCUGGUUCACGGUGCUGCAACCCCUCUCAUGUUGCUGGUGUACGGCAUGAUGACCAACACAUUCGUGGAGUAUGAGGUGGAAAUUCUGGAGCUCACAGACCCCAACAAAACCUGCAUCAACAACACCAUCAGCUGGAUGAACGGUUCUGCAGUCCAACGGCCUGACAACACCACCAUAUACUGUGGUGUAGAUAUCGAGGCUGAAAUGACCAAUUUUGCACUUUACUACAUUGGAAUUGGAGUUGGAGUUUUAAUCUUGAGUUUCUUUCAGAUCACGUUUUGGGUUUCUGCAGCUGCCAGGCAGAUCCAGCGCAUCCGAAAAACCUACUUCAGAAAGAUCAUGCGCAUGGAGAUCGGCUGGUUUGACUGCAACUCUGUGGGGGAGCUGAACACGAGGAUGUCUGAUGACAUCAACAAAAUCAACAACGCUAUAGCGGACCAGGUGUCCAUCUUCAUUGAGAGGAUCUCCACGUUUAUAUUCGGCUUCAUGGUGGGCUUCAUCGGCGGCUGGAAGCUGACACUGGUGGUCAUCGCAGUCAGUCCUCUAUUAGGCCUCGCCGCAGGACUCAUGGCUAUGGCAGUGGCGAGGCUGACGGGUCGUGAGCUGAAGGCUUAUGCUAAAGCCGGAGCGGUGGCUGAUGAAGUGCUGUCCUCCAUCAGAACAGUGGCCGCUUUCGGAGGAGAACACAAAGAGGCAGAGAGGUACUUCAUCAAGUGCAAAAACUUGUUUACUUCUGCUUUUGAGUGA